GCAGGUUCGGUCUUCAAAUAUCUUCACAACCGAUCUAGAUACUUGAGAUUGCCAUCACUCAAACAUGCCCCUUAGUGAUCAUGCGCCCCGGUUGGAGUUCCUCAAGGGCACCGCCAGCGCUCUCAAUGCUCUCAGUCCAUCAACAGCGGCCUACUUGAUGACCGUUCACAACGGCAUUCUCCGUGAUGAAUUCAAGCCAUUAAAUCAGCGGCUCCAAGAGACAUCUUGCGGUGCAUGUGGCAGUGUCAGGAGCCCGCAGUGGACCAAGAAUAUCGUCAUCCAGAAGAAAAAAGGCAAGCAGUCGAACGCAGGCAGAGCGAACAAGGCAAGCUCUGAUGGAGCUACAAUCUUAAAAUGUCUCCGUUGCCGGCGACGGACCAUCAAGCCAGUGCGCAAGGAUGCAGCUCGUCCUGCACUACCACCAAAAGUUACUUCUACAGCGGCAUCUACGCCUGACAUUCAAUCACCUACAGCUACAACGCCCCAGUCCGAACCGGCCACCGAAUCAGCGGAUUCCAGCCGGGUGAAUAAAGCGGCCGACAAUGCCAACAGCAAAAAGCGGGCCAAGGCUCGCAAGCAAGGUGGACUGCAGGCCUUGAUGGCAUCCAAGCAACAAUCCCGCAGCAAUUCAUCCUCACUUGAUCUCUUUGACUUCCUUCAGUAGUGAAGACGACUGCAAAAUAUCCAAUUCCCUGCUGCUUUUGCUUUCACUGUCACGCAGUGCCAAGACCGGAGUCUCGGCAGUUUCCUCCGAGAUGGAUUGGGCCUAGCGCGGGGUCACGCUAUCGGAGCUUCCAAAGAGCUGCGGC